AGCCGCGAGGACUACAACGACCGGCGUCCUCCAGGUUGAGGCGGGUUUGCCCGUCCUUUGCCCAGCUUAGAGCCUGCCCGGAAUGGAGAGGAAGGCCGAUUCCAGGGCGGAGAGCGGAUAGAGGCGCAGGAACAUCUGGAGGGAGGUGGGAAGGUCUUGGAUCCCCCCCGCUUUUUCCUCCUAUGCUAACAGGACUUCGGGGACUGGGGCGCCGUUUCUCCAGGCAUGGAGUCCAUCUGAAUGAUCAUCGGUCAGCCACUCCGUCUCAGCCAAAUACUGAGAAGUCAAAAACCAUCCUGGGAGAAGAGGCAACGAUGGCUGUGCGGAAUGUGCUGGUGACUGGCUGUUCCUCUGGCAUUGGGCUGGCCCUGGCUGUGCGCCUGGCAAGAGACGAGCUGAAGCGAUUUCGAGUUUUUGCCACCAUGAGGAAUUUGGAGAAAAGUGAAGCACUGAAGGAGCAAGCGGGGCCUGCCCUGGAUAAGAUGCUUGAAAUCAAAGAACUGGAUGUGACCAGUGCGGACUCUAUCAGGCGCUGCGUGAACAGCAUCCCCCAACGCAAGGUGGAUGUGCUGGUGAACAAUGCAGGAUUUGGCCUGAUUGGUCCAGUGGAAAGCCAGAGCAUGGCCUCAAUCCAACACCUCUUCGACACCAACUUCUUUGGCUUGGUGCGCCUUAUCCAGGAAAUCUUCCCUGACAUGAAGCGGCGAAAGAGAGGGCAUAUUGUUGUGAUGAGCAGCGUCCUAGGUUUGCAAGGUCUCCUCUUCAAUGAUAUCUACUCUGCCUCCAAAUUUGCUGUGGAGGGUUUCUGCGAGAGCCUAGCCCUGCAGGCCCUAAAAUUUGGGAUCAGAAUCAGUUUAAUUGAGCCAGGACCAGUGUUAACAGAGUUUGAGAGGAAGCUUUACGAAGAGGCCGCAAGCAUGGAUCUCUCGGGUGUGGAUAAAGAGACACUAGAUAUGUUCCACAACUUCUAUCUAGCCUACUCCAAGGAGGUCUUCACUGCACUGGGGCAGUCUCCAGAAGAGGUGGUGGAGCACGUGCUGAAAGUGAUCAACUCGGAGAACCCUCCAUUGCGGUAUCAAACCAACAGUUUCUACACGCCCAUCACCACUCUCAAGCAUGCGGACCCCAGUGGGAACCUGCCUCUCAAUACUUUUCAUCAGAUGAUCUUCCAACACGAUCGGCUCUUCAAAGCCAGUUUAAGCCUCCUUAAAAUGCUCCAGUGGAGGAAGAGGCGAGAUAUGGACUAGAUCCCUCACAAGUAUAGAAGAUGCUAGCUGCCUCAAAGCCCUUUAUUCCUUAAUAGGGUCUGAAAAGAGUCUGUUCAUUGGCUACAAGAUCAUACUUAUAGCUUACAUGCAGAUUUUUUUUCUUGUAGUACAGAAUGAGGUGACCUUGGACUGAUUCAGUGUGGGGUUUUUUUGGGGAGGGGGGGAGACUAAUGUUGCUUCAAAGCAAUAAUCUAAUUCAGUGGUUCCCAAACUUGGCAACUUUAAGACUUGUGGACUUCAACUCCCAGAAUUCUCCAGCCAGCUCUGCUC